AUGUCGUCAAUCGCUGGCGAGAACGAGAUCAAGGUGGAAAUCUUUCACCUGUUCCCACACCUUAUUCCGGAACUUCGAAUACAUAUUUGGGCGCUUGCAAUAGAUGACCGAGUUGUUAAACUCCCCUAUCCCUCAUCAAUAAUACCAGGCCGCUGGUCGCCUACCCUACCGCCAGCUGUCACAAGAGCCUGUCAUGAGUCUCGAAAUCACUGCAGCUACCAGAGAUGGUCCGACUGUCCCGGCCCAAGUUAUAUCUGGGUCAAUUUUGAUCACGAUAUCAUCCAGAUAAAAAGUGAUCAACUCGGGAGGCCGAAGACUUAUCCGCUGAACGAUAUCAAGCAUCUGAGGGUUGAUUUGGUUGAUUCACGAGGAGAGGAAGACGACGAUUGGUACCACUAUAACUCGCAAGAGCUUUAUGACUUUCCUAAGCUACAAAGUGUUGAUAUUUUGGGCCCUAGAGACUUGUGCUGCUAUACUCAGUACAUUGGAGAUUUCUCCUUUGGGCACUGUCCAAAGUCAAAUGUUAGAGUCAUCACUAUGAAAACAGGAGAAUGGAUUGAUAACAAGACGGCUGGGGCGUACCAAGACUAUCUUGAUUUGGAAGCAGAACUCGGGUUUUUCACUAGGGUUGUCAACGAUCGAGAUUAUGAAGAUGAAGAGGAGAGGUUGGAGGACGUUAGGCAGCUUCAGAUACCUCUACCGCGGGUCGAUCUAAGCUAUCUUUGA